CAGAUCUCUUCUCACCUUCUUCUUGUGCUUCUUGCCUCUCAUCUUUCUCUCUCCGGGGUCCCAAAUUCGUGUGGGACCCGAGCACCUCUUCUCUGUUUCGGUUGUGUCAGUAUUCCCUUGAAUGCUGUUCAUACAAGGAAAGAGAAUUUUGUAACUUCAUGAAGCAAGAAUAGAUGGCAGUCAGCGUCGAGGUUUAUCUGUUACAUGCUUUAGAUAUCAGGAAGGAUCAAUCCCUAAAAUCUGCAGUAUAAAUCCUUCAUUUCCUGUCAUAGUAAUGGAAGUGGGAGCAGUGGACCCUUAUACAACUAAUCCAGGUCCAAUUGAUGGUUCAGUUCUGUAUGACCAAGACAAGCAUGUCUCCACAGCAGUUUGGGAUGGACAGCAGGAGCGUGGUGCCCUCAGAUGUCAUGAACAUACUUCAAAGCUUGAUCAGUGGACACUUACCCUUAAACAGGUUGAAUUGGUAGAGAAGGCUGGAUUUGGAUACUUAAGGUCAAUCCCAGCUAUUAGUCUAGACAAUCCACUUAUCUCUGCUCUAGUUGAAAGGUGGAGAAGAGAGACAAACACAUUUCACUUGAAUGUCGGUGAAAUGACAGUAACCCUUAAAGAUGUUGCACUCUUGCUUGGGCUGGCAAUUGAUGGAGAACCUGUAAUUGGUAUUACAUAUACCACUUGCAGUUCAGUUUGUGAAAAGUAUCUUGGCAGAACACCGGAAUCUGGUUACACAAGUGGCGGAAUGGUGAAGCUAAGUUGGUUGAAAGAGUUCUUUUCACGAUGUCCCGAAGAUGCUCCGAUCGAAGUGAUAGAGCAACAUACUCGUGCAUAUCUUCUUUAUCUUGUAGGUAGCACCAUAUUCUCCACCACUACGGGGAAUAAAGUCCCUGUAAUGUAUUUGCCAUUAUUUGAGAAUUUUGAUAGAUGUGGGCAAUAUGCCUGGGGUGCUGCAGCAUUGGCAUUCUUGUAUAGAGCACUGGGGAAUGCCUCACUAAAAACUCAAAGUACCAUUAGUGGCUGUUUAACACUACUUCAGUGUUGGAGUUACUUUCACCUAAAUAUUGGACGACCAAAGCUCAAUCUUGAUAUGAUGCAUGAUCGAUUUCCCUUUGUGCUUAGAUGGAAAGGAAAACAAAGUGGCCCAACUGCAAAUCGAGAUGUAGUUUUCUAUCGGAAGGCUCUGGAUUCCCUAAAACCAUGUGAUGUGGAGUGGCUUCCCUACCGAAACAUGGACAGCAUGGUAAUUCCAGAACAUAUCAAGAGCACUUUAAUUCUUGGAAGGUCAAAGACAAUGCUGAUAUGCUUUGACAAGGCAGAAAGACAUCUUCCGAAUCGAUGCUUAAGGCAGUAUGGCAUGCUUCAAUCAAUUCCAGAUGAUGUGGAGCGGUGGGAGAGGAAGAGUAGAGGAGUUGAUGGAGGCGUUGAUUUGUCAGGGAAAAUGGAAUCAGAGCUUAAUGAAUGGAUGGACCGACAACUGCAUAUUGUUGAAGGGGAUGAGGGUGUAGAUGAAAGUGAGUACAUGGAGUGGUAUUUGAGAAUUACUCGCAAGUUCAUCGGGAGACCUAUUUCUCUGUCUUCAGAGUUUCAGAGAACGAAAACAAACAAAUGUUUGCAGAAUGCCGGUCUGCGAGAUAUUGCACACAUAGCAGAUACCUUUUCGACAAAAGGGCUAGAUCCACAACAAAUUGAAUCAAUAUCGAGGAUAAGAUAUAUAGCCCAUGAAUGUUUGAGAGACCAAAUUGGUGGUCCGGUCAUGGCAUCGGGGAGCCCCCAAGUUGAACUAGGAAAAAGGGUAAGAGGAAAGGAGAGGGUUAGAAGAAAAGGAGGAGUGGGUAAACGAAUGCGAAAGGAUGGUGUGGUACAAUAUAACGCUGUUAGUGAGGAUGAACAACCUCAGUACUAUGGCACUGCUAUUGAUGUUGGCCAACUACAUCUAAGUCAUAUUGAAAGAGAGCUGGAUCAUGCGCAGUUAUGUUCUGUAGACAAUGCAGUCAGUGUUGUCCAGUUGAUUCAUGCAGAUGCUGAUGGUGAGAAUAUGCAGCUCUGUGAUACACACAUUGAGGUUGAUGAAUCUGAGUUAGGCUAUGCAGCAGGUGAAGAAAAUAAUGAGGAGCCAGAUGAUGUAGCUGUUGAGUUUAGCCAUGAAGAACUAAAGCACAGAGCUGGUGAAGAAAUAAAACAAGAACUUAACCAUGUGACUGGAGAGGAAAACAUUGAGGAACUGAAUGCAGCUAAUGAGAUUCACAUUGUGCAACCUUCUGAUAAUAUUGUGAUUGAUAAUUCACAGCUUUGUGAUGUAAGUCAUGACAUUGAUGAUGUGACGCUUCCAGAUGCUGCUGCAGAGGCCAAUCACUCACAACUUGGUGACUCAAAUUUGGUCAAUCCCCAACAAAGCAAUCCAAUUGACAAUCUUGUUAAUUCUCAGCUUUCCCAUAUUAAUACUGAAAGUGAACUUCCAUCUGCCAAAGCAGCAAUGGAAGUGUCUCAACAUUCUUCUAUUGAAACUAAUGAGGAUAUUUCACAGAAAGGUGAUUGUAGUGUUGCUGUAUAGGGUGAAUACCUUACCAUAUUGUAGAGAAGCAAAAUUUUUUAGGCUGACUCAAUUUAAAGGUGUGAUGGUGCCAUGUAUAAUUAUUUAUAUUCAUUUUUUGA